AUGGUUACCUGCAAGGAAACAUGUGCCAUCAUCAUUGCUUUGCACAAAAAGGGAUUCACAGGCAAGGAUAAUGCUGCGAGUGAGAUUGCACCUAAAUCAACCAUUUAUCGAAUCAUCAAGAACUUCAAAGAGAGAGGUUCAAUUGUUGUGAAGAAGGCUUCAGGGCGCGCAAGAAAGUCCAGCGAGUGCCAGUACCGUCUCCUAAAGUUGAUUCAGCUGCGGGAUCGGGGCACCACCAGUGCAGAGCUUGCUCAGGAAUGGCAGCAGGCAGAAUGUGUAUUAUAUGUAACUUCUUCCUCCAGCUCAUCCCCAGCCAAGGUCUCUGGCCUUCCCUCAAAGCCCUUCCUCAGCCUAAUCAAGUCCCUUUCCACUGAGGUGGAAUCUCGUGAGGUUGCUCCACAGCAGAUCAGCAUCCGGCAUUUGAUGAAGACCCUGGUUAAGUCUUUGUCCACAGACACUGCUCGAUCCGAGCAGGAGGCUUCAUCAUCUCAUUGGCCCUCAGAUUCCCGGCUCAAUCUGCACCUCUUCAAACCUUUCACCCAGACUCGUGUUCCUGCUGUCAGUGGAGACUCCAAAACUGCUCCCUCAUCCCCCCUCACCUCACCCGAUAGCCGCUCCUUCUUCAAAGUUCAGGAGGUGGAGGCACGUAUUGAAGACACAAAGCGUCGUCUGUCAGAGGUCAUGUAUGAGCCCCUUCAGCUGCUCAGCAAAAUCAUUGGCGAGGAACCUGGUGGCAUCAGCGCAAACACUUCCACAUCCACAACUGCAGGAGUCUCUUACCGGUCCAGGAACCUUUCCUCCAGCGCCUCUGAACUCUCCAACCUGUCUGCCCUCAAUGGCCACUCAGAAAGCAACAAUAACUAUUGCAUCAAGGAAGAGGAAGACCUGGAAGGAGAAAGUCCUCUUGAGGGGCCAACUGUUGAGCUGCCUUUGCACAAAUCACCUUCUCUGGGCUUGGACAGGUGUUUUAUGUCAACGCUUGCUCGUCAAGAAGACGAAGAGUUUUGCGAGCUCUACACUGAAGACUUUGAGCUCUGCACUGACACAGAGUUGGAUGGAGAAGAGCCUUGUUCAUCCCAAGUUCGACGAGGGAGUACAGGGGGAUGCAGUGAAGAACCAACUGAAGGAGGGGAAGAGGAGGAGGAAGAAGAUGAGCCUCCAGGAGUACCCCAUAACGCACUGAUUCUUCUUAUAUCUCUAGUUUACGGUUAUUUUGUGUUACCACUUCCUACAUAUGUGUGUUGGGUUUUGAUGGGAGUGGUGGCAGGUUUCGUGCUAGCUAUUCUGGUGGUGUGGUUGUCAGCAAGAGGCAGAUCUUCAUGUGGCCGUCAUGGCAGCUGGAGCAGAAGAGAGAAAUGGAACAGGGUUCCUCUGGAUAUCAAAGAACCGGCCAUCCACAAGGGUUGGAUGAAUGAGAUCUACAGCUAUGACCCUGAGACGUAUCACGCCACAUUCACUCACUCUGUGUAUGUGCGUCUGGAGGGCUCUGUCCUGCGACUGUCCAAACCUAACCGCAAUAUCCCCCGCCGGGCAACCUUCAAUGAGCUCAAACCUGACGUCACCUAUGUUAGCCAGAAAAUCUAUGAUCUCACCAACAGUAAGAUCUACCUGGUGCCUCAUAGCCUGGCCAGGAAAAGGGUGUGGAAUAAGAAGUAUCCCAUCUGCAUUGAGCUGGCCAAGCAGGAUGACUUCCUGGCCAAAGUGCAGGGAGAUAAGUCUGAUGUGGUGGAGGAGAAGACCCCUGCAGUAGGAGACCGGCCCGAGGCUGUAGGCACUAGUGAAGAACCUAAGAGAGUGCACACAGAACCUGUACUGUACCUGUUUGGGAGGACAGGAAGAGACAAAGAGGAAUGGUUCAGAAGGAUGCUACUUGCGUCCAAGCUGAAAUCCGAUGCCAAGAAGCCCUCUGGCCUGCCUACAAGCUGUCUGUCUCAUAGCCGCAGCAGCAGUCGUGGCAGUCUGGAUGAAAUGUUCCAGUCUCAUCCCAGACAAAAAGACCUUGAUGCCAGUCUCAAACAGAAAGUUCUGGAAUACAACGUCUACAUGGCCAAAUAUGUCAGCCAGUCUGCAGGCAGCCCCACCACAAGCCCUGAUCAGAGUGCUGGAAGCAGCCCGGGAAUCGUGAAAAAGUUUCCAGCCAGUCGUGAGCAGGAAUCUGAGUCUGAAGCCUGGGUCAAUGCACUUUUAGGUCGCAUUGUCUGGGACUUUCUUGGAGAGAAAUACUGGGCAGAUGUGGUGUCCAAAAAGAUCCAGAAAAAGCUGAGUAAGAUCAGGCUGCCAUACUUCAUGAAUGAACUGACCCUCACCGAGCUGGACAUGGGAAUAUCUAUUCCUAAAAUCCUCAGCUCCUCCAAACCAUCUGUAGAUCACAGAGGCCUUUGGUUUGACUUGGAGAUCUCGUACAACGGUUCCUUUCUUAUGACUCUUGAAACCAAGAUGAACCUGACCAGACUGGGAAAGAAGGAGGGGGAAGGCCUUGGAGAACAGGGAAAAGAAGGACCCAGACCACGCACUUACUUCCUGGCUGACAGUGAUGAAGAGUCAUCGAGUGCAGGAUCUUCUGAUGAGGAAGAUGCUGUGGAAGUGCCUGAAAUUCCAGGAGUGGAAGGUUAUGUUGGGGGACACAGACCCAGCAAAAUCAUGCGCUUUGUGGACAAGAUUGCCAAGUCUAAGUAUUUCCAGAAAGCCACGGAAACUGAGUUCAUUAAGAAGAAGAUAGAGGAGGUGUCCAAUACACCGCUGCUCCUGACGGUGGAGGUUCAGGAGUGUCGAGGAACACUAGCUGUCAACAUUCCACCACCUCCAACAGACAGGAUAUGGUAUGGUUUCAGAAGUCCUCCUCAUCUGGAACUGAAAGCUCGGCCUAAACUGGGCGAGAGAGAGGUUACUUUUGCUCAUGUGACCGACUGGAUAGAAAACAAACUCAAUCAGGAGUUCCAGAAAAUAUUUGUAAUGCCAAACAUGGAUGACGUCUGGCUGCCUAUCAUGCACUCUGCCAUGGACACGCGUUCCAAUGCCAAUGCCUUGAAGAAUGAAGAAUCCUUGGACCCUGAGGAGUCCCUUGAGGACAUGUGAAGAUUAGUUACUGUAUCAAACAAAAGAUAAACACUUCAGUCCCAUGAGGGCAGGACUGUACCUGAGUUGAAAAUUACAGGUGCCAUAUUGCCCAUUGAACAGAGCUGUGAAAAAUCUGAACACAUCAAUAACUAAAAGAAAGGACAAUAUUGCUUGCUUGCAUUUGAUUUCUUCGGUACAGUAUGAAUAAAUAUGCUGUUGGCCCUCAAA